GCAGCAGCAGCAGCAGAGAGGUUUCUAGAAACAACGUGAACAACGUGCACCGGGAGACUCUCACACUCACCGGACAGACACCGGCAAACCGACACACCGAGCUGCUCUCUCCUCACGCCGCCACACAGUUCAACCCUUCCUCUGUCUGAGACAUCAUGGCUAAAUGGGGAGAAGGAGACCCUCGCUGGAUCGUAGAGGAGAGAGCCGACGCGACGAAUGUCAACAACUGGCACUGGACUGAACGAGAUGCAACAAACUGGUCGUCGGACAAAUUAAAAUUUCUGCUCGUCGGGUUGAGCGUGGAGAGCGAAGACGGGACUUGUGAGGUGACGGAAGUCAGCAAAGUGGAAGGAGAAGCCUCGAUUAACAACCGCAAAGGGAAACUGAUUUUCUUUUAUGAAUGGAUCCUGAAAGCUACCUGGACCGGAGAGUCAAAAGCAGGAGUCAAAUAUACGGGAACUAUUGAUGUUCCAAACCUUUCCGACGAGAACGACAUGGAGGAUCUUGAUGUUUCUGUAGCGUUGAAUAAAGACGAACCUGAAACGCCACUGACCGAUCUGAUGAGGACGAAAGGAGCUGAGAAAAUCCGUGAAGCUCUGGGAAGCUACGUCGGGUACUUAAAAACAGAGUUCACACAGGGGAUGAUCCUGCCUACAGCCAACGGUGUGACCAAGACCUCAUCGCAGUCCAAAGCCAAGCUGGAUAAAACUCGGAUUUCCUCCUCAGGCGGCACAGCUGCUCCGAUCAACACCGGCGUCAAGAUCCCCACCUGUAAAUUCAGCAUCAGGGAAAAGUUCCUCACCUCGCCGGCUGAUCUCUACAGGGUGUUCCUCAACCAGGAUAUGGUCCAGGCGUUCACACACGCUCCAGCGAUGGUGGACGGAGAGAAGGGCGGAAAGUUUCGUCUGCUAGAAGGAAAUGUUUUUGGUGAAUUCACAGAUCUGGUCCCUGAUGGGAAAAUAGUGAUGAAGUGGAGGUAUAACAACUGGCCCUCCGAGCACUACGCGACCAUCACCAUGACGUUCUAUGACCGGAGCAGCGAGACGGAGCUGAAGGUGGACUGUCGAGGCGUCCCGGAGGACGAGGAGGAGCGCACGAAAGAGGGCUGGAAGAGAUACUACUUUGAAGCUAUUAAACAGACAUUUGGUUACGGAGCUCGACUCUACUGAAGACGGUUCGCUGUAGUUCACGGUUUUCUUCUUCUUAUCCGUUUUGACAUUUUUAAAAAUAACUUCUUGUCCUUCGAUCUCUCUCUGGCACAAGAUGUAAACUCAUAGCACGAGUUAACAGAAGAGACAAUGAGGCGAGGCCAUUCUGUCACCCGUCUGUGUAAAUGUUUUAAUUUUUCAACGUAUUUAAAUCUUAGAUUUCUCCCCCGUCAGUAUUUGGGUCAGUUGUUCAAAGGAGCGUACAUGAACUGUGCCUUUGGGACUCUGGAUUGAAUAAAACAAAGAUGGAUCUACUGAACCGAUAAUGCAAAUUGGCCUCCACUUCUAUAAAUAUGUAAUUAAUGCAAGAGUUAAAAUAAAUGUUUGGUUUUCUUUUAUUUGAAAAAAAAAAUAAUGUUUUGAAGAUGAUUUUUUUUUUUACUUAAUUUACUCUUUUCAUGUGUAACUGUGGUGGACAUGCAUGUUUCAUUUCAAACUGCCAGACGGAGGAACGACUGCUGCAUCUGAACUUUACUCGUCUGUCUCUCAGAGCUAAACAGUUUGUUAACUUCCCGUUGUUUCAUUGAGACGUGAUGCUCGUUAUGAGCUCCGUCGGAUCAGAUCGGACCAUCAGCAGGAACGUUAGCCCAGAUGUUUAUUAUCAGUGUUGGAAACAAGUUUCCUUAUGCAGCUAGCUAGCGUAGCAACUCCAGAGAGACGUUUUGCUAUAUUUGGCUUAAAAAAAUGUAAAUUUCCAGUAAAAAACAGUUUUCAGAAAAAAACAAAAUGCAUCUAUUUAUUCAUUAUUUCACCUCACGAUGUAAAAAGAUUAGUUUCUUGGAAUAAACCAAUCCCUGUAUGCUC